AUCACUUUUAGUUUUAGUUUCACAUAGAGCAGACCAAAUUCUACGUACUAAAAAAUUUCCUUAAAAAUAUAAAAUAAAAAAAAAGUUGGCAUAUUCCUUUUUCGCUAUUUUUUAAUUAAAUCUAUCAAGAUGAUGCUAUCAACCUAUCAACAUGAUUAUGUGCCGCCCAAUGCCAAACGAUAUGAGUUCCUCACACGGCCCAAGGGCGCCGAUGCCCACAGUGGUCCGCAAGUCCUAGAAUGUGAGUGCGUCGACGAGUCCAAAAUCAAGAUGCCGCCCAGCGCGUCCAAGGAUUGUGGUGGUGUUGAGUGGACAGGCAUUGCACCAAUGGGUAAGCUGGUGGACCCACGGCUCAUACCCACUCAGCUGACCCAGGAUCAAGUGGACAAGAUGGCUUUCUCGGCGGAAACCGAUUGCUUCAAACUGCAGCCAAACCGCUUCUUAAAGAUCCUACGCACCGUAUAUCCGGAUUUGUAUGAGAGACUGAAAGUGAUGCCAAAGGAGGAGCUAAGCCGCAGGCUGGAGACCAAUCGUAUGUUUACCACCUAUCAGAUCGAUUACUGUGCCAUGAACGAGUAUCCGGAGGGUAUUUAUGAAAGCCUAAAGACGGAGGACGAGUCCAAGAAUGCUAACAAGUUGAUGAGUGAACGGGGACCCUGCAAUGAGUUCCGUUCAAACGUUAUGAACGAACUUGAGAAGGAAGCGUCUGCUGGUUACGAAGUGUCUAACGACGAGUGCCAGAAGACGUACAAGCCGUUUAAGACCAGCUUCUCAGACUCUUCGCAGACGAUUGAAUCCGGCAGCAAUUCGCAUUGGAGCUCCGCUCCAACCACGUACCGAAAGGUACCGACCUUCAGCGAAUACAUGGACUCGAUUAGCCGCAAUGGUUGCGUUAUUAUGCGCAACAAACUGCACGAUCACUCCAAGUGCUUGGCCAAAUACUGCAAGCACGAGCUUAAGUUCACUUGCAAUGACAUGAAGUGAUCACCUGUAUAUUUGUGCAUCUCGUUUCGAUUAAAUUUGUGUAACACAAAA